AUGCUAGUAAUCUGGAAGCUGGAUAUUACACCGCAACAAAUUUGCGGCAAACAAUCGCAUUUCUCAAAAUUACGUCGUAUCGAUUUUCUAGGCUCAAUCUUCCUUUCUGUCUCGAUUGUUUGCGGACUUAUGGUCCUGGAUUUAGGUGGUCAUCGAAUGCCUUGGACUGAUCAUAAAUUGCUAUCCCUAUUAGGCAUCUCAGUUGCAGCUGGACUUUUAUUCCUUCUCGUAGAAGGGUUUUGGGCUAAAGAGCCUAUUUUCCCUUUAAGAUUGUUGCGCAAUAGAGAUGUGCUUACGAGUUAUAUAAAUUUGGGCUUUCAAUCGGGUGCUCAGAUGGCGAUGAUGAUGCUCGUUCCAAUUUAUUUCCAAAUAACCGAUCAUGCGACUUUCACAACGGAGGGUGCACAUCUCAUGCCUUCUGUAAUGGAAAAUGCAGUAGGAGGUCUUCUGACUGGAUAUAUUAUCCACAGAACUGCUCCGCUGAUACCCCCUAGAACCGGACACUACAAACCCAUCCUCCUCCUCGGUGCCCUCUCCUCCCUAACAUCCUACGCCCUCCUCCUCCGCUGGCACGGCCACACCUCCUUCCUCGAAUCCCUCUACAUCAUCCCCGGCGGUUUCGGCAACGGAAUCGCACUCUCAGCAUCAUUUAUAGGACUCACAGCAGGCGUAGAAUAA